UAUUAUCGUGUUAUUUUUCUUGUGGAGGUGCAAGCAACAGGUGAGUCGGUGAAGUGGGAGACACUUUUAAUGAGAUUUUGGAGCUAAAACUCAAGUGGAAGUCGCAAAAGACACUAGCCAGUGACUCUUGGUGCAAUUGUGUGCAAUAAAAGUGGUGAAAAAAUGUCCCAUUCGUGGGCCAUUUGAUGGAAUUUGCCGUGUGGAUUUGUUCUCUCACCUGUUUUGUGGCUACUAAUUGCGCAAAUGGCGACUUAUUUGAAUCUUUUCUACUGAAGUGCCCCAAGACCAUCCGAUAGCAGCUAAUUUGUGGCAGAUUGCGAGGUGGCGAGAAGCAAAAAAGACCGCUGAAUUACGCGCUGUGUGUGUGGCUUCUUUUUAUUUUCAAAAGAAGGGGAUUCAGGGAAUCAGGUGUGGGAAGUAUAGUGAGGAUUAGGGGUAAAUAGAAAUGGCUCACUAUUCAAAUGGAGGCUAUUCUGGGGAUGAACAUGACUCCAGGAGCGACAGUCGUCCAGGUAGUGAUUUGGGGGAUAAGCCCACGUAUCUCCUGGAACAUUUGGCCACCUUCACAGUGAACCAAGAGAGUGGAAUUGUGUAUCCAGCCGAUGGAAUGCGAAGGUUGCUUCAGCUGGAAAAGACCACAGGCAUUUGGUCACAGAAAAUGCAACUGUGCCUCGAUAAACAGUGGAUCUUGAUUAUGGACUACGAAUCUGGGAAUAUCAUUGAGAAAUUCCCAGCGUCGCUUAUUCAAGAACCAACUGCUUUCACCAGCAAUGAUCCAAUGGAGAUGUACAACAAUAUUCUGGUGUUUAUUGUUGGCAAUGGUGGCAAUAGUUCUCGCUCCGAGAUGCACAUCUUUCAAUGCCAAAGUAUAUCUGCGGUGCAUCUGGUGGAGGAUCUCAAGAUGCUACGCAGUGGAAAAGUCGUUCUGCAACAUCGGGAAACCCUUCCGACGCCCCCAAUUGCAAAAUCCAAUACGAGAUCCUUCAAUUCAGCCAGCUAUCACGAUCAUCAGCAUCACAGUCAGGAUACAGAUUCGGAAUUUGGUGUGAGUGGAGGUGAACGUGCCACAUUGGCGGCUGGACAUGAUCCGGAAACUAGUUCAACGUCGAGUGAGAAGUACGAGAGGGAUGUCACGGUGCUGAAUCACUGCUUUGAUGACAUUGAAAAGUUUAUUGCGAGGCUACAGCAUGCAGCAGCGGCAACACGUGAACUGGAACGCCGACGUAGGAAUAGGAAGUCAAAGAAGAGGGAUCCAGGAGAGGGAUUGUUGACAUUGCGAACGAGACCGCCACAUGAGAAGGAAUUUAUUGAUAUCUUUGCAAAAUUCAAGCUGAGUUUCAAUUUGCUGGCAAAGCUUAAGGCGCACAUUCAUGAUCCCAAUGCCCCUGAACUCGUACAUUUUCUCUUUACGCCACUGGCACUCAUCGUGGAUGCCUCCCAUGAUACCUACUACGAUCCAAAUUUGCCGGCACGUGUCAUAAAUCCACUGUUGACCCGGGAGGCUAUCAAUUUGCUCAUCAAUUGUGUCACUAGCAAAGAAACAGAGCUCUGGAGAAGUCUUGGGGAUGCCUGGAUUAUUUCCCGUGAUCAAUGGAAGGGUCACACGGGAUCAUAUCAUCCGGUGUUCUUUGACGGUUGGUCUCCGGACUAUCCUGUUGUUGAGGAAUUGGAGAAUAUUGCAACGGGCAGUGGGAAGAGGCAGAUUGAUACGCAUCAAUUGCAUUAUGCCUCUGGCGGAGUUGGAGACUUUGACUAUGAUCCACAGACGCCGAUGGAGAAGUACAGUGGAGCACCAGCUAGUCCAGGAUUGAGGGAUAUCAGUGCAAGGAGUGACAUCUCCGUGGAUUCUAUCGAGCGCAAUGGGGCUGCUGCUGCAGCUGCCAUUUCAGCUGCUGUAGCUGGGCACGAUUCCAAUGGGACGGAUGCCUGGGUGGAUGAACUUCAGGCGCAGGGAGCCAAGAUUGUCCAGGUGACAUAUCCCAGGACGGCCAACAAUGACAAGGAGCUGACUGUUGUGAGGGGAGAAUAUCUUGAGGUUCUCGAUGAUAGUCGCAAGUGGUGGAAGGCGAGGAACAGUCGUGGCCAAGUAGCUCAUGUUCCUCACACCAUUGUCACCCCGAUAAACUACAGUGACAACGAUGUCUUCAACAAUCCACUCUAUAAUCAAAAUCGCAGCACAAUGGGCGGGAAUUCACAGGAAAUGGAGAGAUUUUCAUCGCCACCCAAUGAGUCAGGGAAUUCAGGGAUGCCAGUACCAGGUUCAGCUGAUUGGAUAAGGAACAAGCAUCUCGGGCGCAGUAGUGGGUACCAUUCUGAAUCCGAGGACGAUGAGAUUGCUAACCAUUCGCACCAAAAAAUGGUCUUGAUUAAUCGACAAUCAAUGACUAACAAGCCGCCUCCACCGCCACCUCCGCCCCUUCCGUCGGCCUCGGCUCCGGUCUCCCGCACCACUUCCAGGAAUAACACUCUCUCACGUCAGUCAAUGGGCAUGCAGAAUGGUCAGGAAGAGAUGCAGGAGGAACUACGUCAGGUAUUGACACUGUUCCGUGAGAAGAGGCGCGGUCUGGAGAUCAUGAAGACACCGGAAAUCUUCAUUCAGCAAUCAUCGACGUCAGCUGAAGUGGAAAAGUGGCUAAAAGCCAAAGGAUUUUCGGAUAAUGUAGUGAAGAAACUGCAUGGGAUCAAUGGAAAUGAAUUGUUUGCCCUCAAGCGUCACACUCUCGAAGAAUACUGUGGUCCUGAUGAGGGAAAACGUCUGGCAUCCCAAAUUACAGUUCAGAGAAAUGUUUCAGGGUACAAGACAGCCAGGAGUUCUGAGUUGCAGGCCAUCUUGGCAAAAGCGCGCCAAAAAACUGAACAGAAGGCUGAAGCAAAGGAAGUGGCGGCAGAAAGUAACUGAGACACUUCUGCAAGUAUUCUUCAUCACAAGUCCAUCUCUGAGGGAUAAUUACGGCAAUGUAUAUAUAAUUUAUGGUGUCAAGUGGCCUUUUAUUGGAUCAAAAUACACGAAUUUAAGCUAGCUGUACACUAGACAAAAUUUAUUGCAAUAUUUCUUUUCAAUAUCCAAUAUUGACAAGGAUUGCCUCCACAUUGGAAAGAUUUAUUGACAUAAAAGUUUCAAUAUUGAAGAAAAUUGUCCAGUAACAUUUUUUUUUCAAUAUUUUAUUUCAUUAUUUUGAAUAGCUACACACUAGGCCAAAUAAUGUCAAUAAAUAUUUUGAAAGUCACAUUGAAAUAAAAUUUCAAAGAAAUUCUAAAUAUCAAA